CGGUAUCCUAGCAACCACGCACGCCAACCUCCUCACGCCGAGAGCUCGCUCGCUCCUCCGGGGUGAUUCCGCUCGUCUCUCUCUGCUCCCUGGUGCAGUAAACAUAGACGCUUCGCUUGAGGCUCAAAGCAAACACUUUCAGCCUUCAGUUACAUCCCACCGCGACGGAACGAGCCGAGAGAAAUGUCUUACUUCAACGAUACCAAGUCAAAGGUCGCCAACAUGUCCACUUAUGACCGAAUCUUCCACCAAGUCGAGGGUUAUGAUAUGAAGCGGCCCCGCGAUGACAGGCAACACUGGAGGGGAAGGGGACUCAACAUAAACCAGGAGGAGAGGUCCAGAGCUGUGCCAGUGCUGUCAUCUUCGGAAUAUGGCCGCCAUCUGCCUCCGGUCCCCGACCAGACAGCGCGGCAGUACGCGCGCGUGGCUUCCACAAAAUCAGAGUUUUACAUGAAAAACGGCAUCAUCUGGAGUCUGGCGGAAGGAUAUGGGUCAGUGGCUCCGAUCUGAAAAGCGCCGCGCGUCCCGGCUCGACACCAGAGGAUUGGUUGCUUCUGUCUUUGCAAAGUAAAUCGGUUUUUCACUGAACUGGUU